UGUGGAGAGGAAGUCGCCGGGCCCUGGAGAGGACAGAAGGUCGAAGGUCCCACCUUCCUUGUGUGAUGUAUGCGUGUUUGUUUGUUAGAGUGUAUAUUUUGAGGUGUUAGAGGUGUCUGUGCUAAACGGUGCAGUUAAAAUUGGAGAGUAUUAUAAAGUAUUAAGUGACCUGUGCUUUCAAUGUUUGAUCACAAAGCCUCUUGGGUGAGAGUAAUGUCAGCAGUGAUGCAAACUUUACACAGUUGAUGUUAAUGUUAUCAAAGCCUUUUUCCCCCCGCAUUAAUUCACCCUUAAUUUUUAAGACGACUACUUUUUUGAGCCCCAGUGGAGAGGGAGAAGGGCCAUGUGGAUCUGAAGCCUCAGGCUGCAAACCCCCGGUUAGGCUGGUUAAAUUAACAACGUAAAAUAAAAAAAAUAUUUAAAAAAUUUUAAAGAAAAAGUUUGUAGCUGUACUCGUAAAUAUAAAUUAAAUUGGGAGGCCUCAGUAUACUGAAAAAUCCUAUCUAAGAUUAUCCAUAAAUUAAAGGGUAAGGAAAAAUCCCAUCAGUCCAGGUAAACUGACAAACAUUUUAAAAAUUACAUGACAUUCUUGUUCUAUUUCAUUGUUUUUUUCUUUUUUAGACAUUUACAAAAAAGAUAAAACUUAUUUUAAAAAAUGGGACUCCGUUUCAAAAAUUGACAUUUGUGAAUUAAAAAAAAAAAAUACCAAAAACACUUAAAUUCCCAUAGCCACAAAUCCCUGCAGUGAUUGGAGAACAUACGAUGCUCUUCCUGCUCUGAUUGGCCCAAUGCUCCUACCACGGGGUCCCCAUUACCCAAUCACCAGAUAGCAAAGUUGUGUUGCGGAAGAGGCCGUGAGGGUGAUGGGUGAACUUCGAUGAGCGUUUAUGCGGACAUAUCUCCAUCAUGGAUGUUGUCCCGGAGACAGUUUGGAGCAGAUUCGGAUGCGUUUGCUUUGUGGUGCUCUUCGUUUGGACCACGAGGGCCGUGGACGGCUUCGGUCGGAACCAAGACAACGAGCUGACGUUCCAGCUGCCAGCCGGAAGUUCGGAGUGUUUCUAUCAGUCGACCAUCAAGAAUGGAACGAUGGAGGUCGAAUAUCAGGUGAUUGCUGGUGCUGGAAUGGAUGUGGACUUCACCAUAGUUUCCCCUGAAGGAGUUCAGCUGAUCGGCGAGUUUCGGCGUUCUGAUGGCGUUCAUGUGGUGGAGCCGACAGAGGGCGGGGACUAUCAGAUCUGUUUUGAUAACAGCUUCAGCCGCUUCUCUGAGAAGAUGGUGUUUUUUGAAAUCCUCAUCGAGGGUCAGGGCGGGGACACCGGGGGAGAUGAAGAGUGGCCGACGUUGGAUGAGCCCGAUGGGAGCCUGCUAGAAUACAAGCUGGAAUACAUCAGGGACUCCAUGGACUCUCUGUACAGACGGCUGGAGCGCAGCCGGCAGAUGCAGACGGUGCUGCGAGCCUUUGAGGCGCGGGACCGUAACCUUCUGGAGGAUAACCUGUGGCGGGUCUCGUUCUGGUCGUGUGCCAGUGUUCUGGUGAUGCUGUGUGUGGCUCUGACCCAGGUUUACACUGUGAGGAAACUGUUUGACGACAAGAGGAGAGUCUGCACAUAGAAGUUCUGUUCUGUGGUGUCGGAGAACAGUUUGAUAGCAACAUUGAGAUGUAGAUCAUAAUGGUUUUAGUAGAAGAGACUGCAGAAAUAAGAGGUCUUUUCCACUCCAACAAAGUGCCGGUAAUGUUUGGUUGGACCUCUAACCAUAAGGAAAAGCUCGUGAUAGAUCAUUCUGGUCUUCACAGGAACUGGACUUUUAAACGGUUGAUCUUAAUGAGGCUUUGCUGCUCAUCUGAGUAACUUCUUCAGAACUAAAACGUCAUGUAGAUCCACCUUUAACUGACGAACAGAACAAAGCCAGGUUUUCUGUAAAAGUAACAAAACCAUGAGAGACGGUGUAGAGUCACUUAAACGUUUGUGGUGAGGGUUCACAAAACCAAGCAUUGUGCCAUCAUAUGUUUGCUCGUUGGUUUUUGGGUCCAAACUGUACAAAGCCUUCGAACGACCGAGGAUUACGGCCACUAACAACAUAAAAACAUGAAUGAAUACACAUUCACAAGAAUAAAGUUACAAGAAAAAAAUGUGCACAAAAUUAUGAGGAAUUGAUAAGAUUUAAUGAGGAAAAAGAUUAAAUUUAUGAGAAUAAAUUAAAAAAAAAA